AUGACAGGAAGAAAUCAAACCAUCAUCUCAGACUUCCUCCUCCUGGGCCUGCCCAUUGAGCCAGAGCAGCAAAACCUGUUCUAUGCUCUGUUCCUGGCCAUGUAUCUUACCACCAUCCUGGGGAACCUCCUCAUAAUUUUCCUGAUUCGACUGGAUUCCCACCUCCACACACCCAUGUAUUUGUUUCUCAGCAGUUUGUCGUUCUCUGAUAUCUGCUUCUCCUCUGUGACCAUUCCCAAGUUGCUGCAGAACAUGCAGAGCCAAGUCUCAUCCAUCCCUUAUGCUGAAUGCCUGACCCAAAUGUACUUCUUCCUGUUUUUUGCAGACCUGGAGAGCUUCCUCCUUGUGGCCAUGGCCUAUGACCGCUAUGUGGCCAUCUGCUUCCCUCUGCGCUACACCACCAUCAUGAGCCCCAGGCUCUCUCUCUCCCUGGUGGUGCUGUCCUGGGUGCUGACCACGUUCCAUGCCAUGUUACACACCCUGCUCAUGGCCAGAUUGUGUUUUUGUGUGGACAACAUGAUCCCCCACUUUUUCUGUGACAUGUCUGCUCUGCUAAAUCUGUCCUGCUCUGACACUCGAGUUAAUGAGUUGGUGAUAUUUAUCAUGGGAGGGCUCAUUCUCGUCGUCCCAUUCCUACUCAUCAUCCUGUCCUACACCAGAAUUGUCUCUUCCGUUUUCAAUAUCCCUUCUGCUAGGGGUGUCCACAAGGCUUUCUCUACCUGUGGCUCCCACCUCUCUGUGGUAUCGCUGUUCUAUGGGACAGUUAUUGGUCUCUAUUUAUGCCCAUCAAGUAGUAAUUCUACUGUUAAAGAGAUUGUCCUGGGUAUGAUGUACACUGUGGUGACCCCCAUGUUGAACCCCUUCAUCUACAGUCUGAGGAACAGAGACAUAAAGGGAGCACUGAGAAGAGUCUUUCACAAAAAGAAAAUUCUCUUCUCUUUCUGA